AUGAAGUUUUUGGGUGGCAACGAUGAUCGCAAUGGCCGCGGAGGCGUCGGCGUUGGUGCCGGCACGGAUGCCAUUGUGGUAGGAUCUCGCGGUGGCGUCUCCCAGGAUGCUGCUGAUGCAGCCGGUGCUGCCGCAGCCGCUGCCGUUGGCUAUGUCUUCCAGCAACGUCCCUCACCGGGAGCGGUGGGCGUGGGUGGCGGUCAGGGAGUGCCCGGUGUUGGAGCCGUCGGCUCGACCUUGCACGAGGCCGCCGCUGCCGAAUAUGCAGCCCACUUUGCCCAGAAACAACAACAGACACGUUGGGCAUGCGGCGAUGAUGGACAUGGCAUGGAUAAUCCGGACAAAUGGAAAUACAAUCCGCCAAUGAAUCCAGCAAACGCAGCUCCUGGCGGACCGCCUGGUGGUGGCAGCAAUGGUGGCCCCGGGGCCAUUGGAACCAUUGGCAUGGGCAGCGGAUUGGGCAGCAUGGGCGGCGGUGGCGGAGCUGGUAACAACGGUGGCUCCGGCACAAACGGUGGACUCCAUCAUCCAUCGAUGGCAGCAGCGGCUGCCAAUAUGGCUGCCAUGCAGCAGGCCGCUGCGGUGGCCAAGCACAAUCACAUGAUGUCACAGGCAGCGGCUGCCGUUGCAGCCCAACAGCAGCAGCAUCAACAGCACCAGCAACAGCCGCCGCAUCCACAGCAGCAGCAGCAGCAACAGCAGCAGCAGCAGGUCCAGAACCAGGGUCAUCCACAUCACAUGAUGGGCGGCGGCAAUGGCAUGGGCAAUGGCAAUGGCCUGGGCAUCCAGCAUCCCGGACAGCAGCAGCAGCAGCAGCAGCAGCAACAGCAUCCCGGGCAGUACAACUCGAACCUGCUCAGCCAUGCCGCUGCCAUGGGUCACAUGUCAUCCUAUGCCCAGUCGGGCGGAAAUAUGUACGAUCAUCAUGGUGGGGCCAUGCACCCGGGAAUGAAUGGUGGAAUGCCAAAGCCACCUCUAGGACCACCUCCUGGAGCCGGGGGACCGCAGGACUAUGUCUACAUGGGUGGCCAGACGACGGUGCCGAUGGGUGCGGCAAUGAUGCCGCCACAGAAUCAGUAUAUGAACAGCUCUGUCGUUGCGGCCGCCAAUCGGAAUGCAGCGAUCACCACAUCCACUGCCAAGAAGCUGUGGGAGAAAUCCGAUGGCAAGGGCGUGACCUCGGGCACUUCCGGUGGUCCCCUUAACCCAUUGCAAAUACCCGGCAUUGGGGAUCCGUCGUCGGUAUGGAAGGAUCACACUUGGUCCACUCAGGGGGAGAAUAUCCUGGCCCCGCCUCCAUCGCGAGCCUAUGCCGCCCAUGGUGGUGCCUCCGAUACUUCAAACAGUGGAAAUGCGGGCAUUCUGAGUCCCCGUGAUUCCCAAUGUGCUAAAAUGGUGGAAUACGUUUUGGGUGGUUCCCCCACCAACAAGGAGAGCCCUCUUUCCGGUUUGGAGCCGCGUCUGCGUAAUCUUAAAUUUGAUGACAACGAUAAGUCACACGAUGACAAGGAAAAGGCCAACUCUCCGUUCGACACAAACGGAUUGAAGAAGGACGAUCAGGUCACAAACACAAAUGGUGUUGUCAAUGGCAUUGACGAUGACAAGGGCUUCAAUCGCACUCCUGGCUCUCGUCAACCCUCACCUGCCGAGGAGACCCUACCUCGUCCCCCCAACUUGCUAUUCCCCCUGCCGCCCCCCUUUAACCACAUGCUGAUGGACCAUGGUCAGGGCAUGGGCGGCGGUUUGGGUGGCGUUGUGGGCUCCGGCAAUGGCGUUGGAGGCGGCGGCGGCGGCGGAGGUGGUGGCGGCGGCGGUGGUGCAGGUGGUGCAUAUGCGGCUCACCAACAAAUGGCCGCACAGAUGAGUCAGCUGCAGCCGCCAAUGAUGAACGGCGUGGGCGGUGGUAUGCCAAUGGCAGCUCAGUCUCCGAUGUUGAAUCACCAGGCAGCUGGACCCAAUCAUAUGGAAUCUCCCGGAAAUCUCUUGCAGCAGCAAAAUUUUGAUGUUCAGCAACUGUUCCGCUCACAGAAUCCUGGCCUUGCUGCUGUUGCCACAAAUGCGGCUGCCGUGGCAGCUGCCGCUGCAGCGGCCACAUCCGCAGCAAGCGCUGCGGCAGCUGUGGGCGCUCCGCCCGUUCCUGGUGCACCCAAUGGGACGCUGCAACAGUCGCAACAGCAGCAGCAACAACAGCAGCAACAGAUGCAAAUGGCUGCUGCGUCGCAGCAGUUUCUGGCCGCACAGCAGCAGGCGCAGCAGAAUGCCGCCUACGCCGCCCAACAGGCCACGCCCUAUGUCAUCAAUCCGGGCCAGGAGGCUGCCCCGUACAUGGGCAUGAUUACCGCCGCCCAGAUGCCGCAAUACUACGGCGUGGCGCCCUGGGGCAUGUAUCCGGGCAAUCUGAUCCCGCAGCAGGGAACGCAGCCGCGACGCCCCCUCACACCCUCGCAGCAGGGUGCCGAGAAUCAGCCCUACCAGGUGAUUCCGGCCUUCCUCGAUCACACAGGGUCCUUGCUGAUGGGAGGACCCCGCACCGGUACACCCAUGCGCCUGGUUAGCCCCGCCCCCGUUCUGGUACCGCCGGGCGCCGCCCGUGCCGGUCCCCCCCCGCAAGGACCGCAGCUCUAUCAGCCACAGCCGCAGACGGCGCAGCAGAAUCUGUAUUCUCAACAAAAUGGUUCCAGUGUCGGAGGCCUCGCCCUGAACACAAGCUCGUUGUCGGGUCGCCGCGACUCCUUCGACCGCAGCACCUCCGCCUUCAGUCCCUCGGCAAUGGACUACACCAGCAGCGGCGUGGCAGCGGCUAAUGCGGUGAACAGCUCAGUGGCCCAGGCAGCAGCAGCUGCGGCAGCCGCAGCCGCCGCAGCAGCACGUGGCAAGUGGCCGGGAGCCAUGUCGGGAGCGGCUGGUGGUGCUUAUGGUGCCCUCGGAGCGGGAGCAGGCAAUGCCUCGGCCAGUCCACUGGGCGCUCCGCUCACACCGCCACCGUCGGCACAGUCCUGCCUGCUGGGCAGCCGAGCUCCGGGCGCCGAGUCCCGCCAGCGACAGCAGCAACAGCAGCAGCAGCAACAGCAACUGGCCGCCGUGGGAUUGCCGGCAACGGCAGCAGCUGCCCAGGCAGCGGUGGCCGCGGCUGCCAACAACAUGUUCGGGUCCAAUAGCUCGCUCUUCUCGAAUCACCUGGCCAUUCCGGGUACCGCAGCAGUGGCAGCGGCAGCAGCAGCAGCAGCGGCCGCCAAUUCGCGACAGGUGGCGGCCACGGCAGCAGCAGCAGCGGCCGCAGUGGCAGCCGCAAGCGGUGGAGUAGGUGGUGCACCCCAGCCGGGACGGUCGCGGCUUCUCGAGGACUUCCGCAACCAGCGGUAUCCGAAUCUCCAGCUGCGCGAUCUCGUCAACCACAUUGUGGAGUUCUCGCAGGAUCAGCAUGGCUCGCGGUUCAUCCAGCAGAAGUUGGAGCGGGCCACGGCCGCCGAAAAGCAAAUGGUAUUCAGCGAGAUUCUGGGCGCUGCCUACAGCCUGAUGACCGACGUCUUUGGCAACUAUGUCAUCCAGAAGUUCUUCGAGUUUGGCACUCCCGAGCAGAAGAACACGCUGGGCAUGCAGGUCAAGGGCCAUGUGCUGCAGCUGGCGCUGCAGAUGUACGGCUGCCGGGUGAUCCAGAAGGCGCUGGAGAGCAUUUCGCCGGAGCAGCAGCAGGAGAUCGUGCACGAGCUGGACGGUCAUGUGCUGAAGUGCGUCAAGGACCAGAACGGCAAUCAUGUCGUGCAGAAGUGCAUCGAGUGCGUGGACCCAGUGGCCUUGCAGUUCAUCAUCAAUGCCUUCAAGGGUCAGGUGUACUCGCUGAGCACCCAUCCGUAUGGCUGCCGGGUGAUCCAGCGCAUCCUCGAGCACUGCACCGCCGAACAAACGACGCCUAUUUUGGACGAGCUGCACGAGCACACCGAGCAGUUGAUACAGGACCAAUAUGGCAACUAUGUCAUUCAGCAUGUGUUGGAGCACGGCAAGCAGGAGGAUAAGUCCAUUCUGAUCAACAGCGUGCGCGGCAAGGUACUGGUGCUAUCGCAACACAAGUUCGCCUCGAACGUGGUGGAGAAGUGUGUGACCCAUGCCACUCGUGGCGAACGCACUGGCCUGAUCGACGAGGUCUGCACCUUCAAUGACAAUGCCUUGCACGUGAUGAUGAAGGAUCAGUAUGCUAACUAUGUGGUCCAGAAGAUGAUCGAUGUCUCGGAGCCGACGCAAUUGAAGAAGCUGAUGACCAAGAUCCGGCCACACAUGGCCGCCUUGCGCAAGUACACUUACGGCAAGCACAUCAAUGCCAAGUUGGAGAAGUACUACAUGAAGAUCACCAAUCCCAUUUCGGUGGGUACCACCGGCACAUCGGGAGCAGCAGGAGCCGGGACAGGUGCCGCAGGAGCUGCAGGAGCAGUGCCCGCUCCCUCGUCAACGGUGUCGGCAGCAGCUGUUAGCAGCAGUGCGACAGCUUCAUCAGCAGCCACCACAGCCUGCACCAGCGGCAGCAGCACCACAACCACCAGCACCACCAACAGCCUGGCCUCGCCCACCAUCUGCUCGGUGCAGGAGAACGGAACUGGCAGCGCCAUGAUCGUGGAGCCCUCUUCACCUACCGCCUCCGAGUCCUCAUCCUCAGUAGUCUCGGCGGCCGUCAACAGUGGAUUGGGUCCCAUUGGACCCCCAACCACAGCCAACGGUGUGCUGUAAGGCGGAUGAGUUGCGAGAGGAAGUCAGGGGAAGCCGUCGUGCAUCCUUCUCGAAUGGCAGACUAGGUUUUAGGAGCUUAACAGAGCUAAAGAAGAAGAAGAUGCAUAAGCUAAACAAGAGUACAUUUAAUAAUAAUAAUUUAUUGAAACAAGCAGCGAUCGAUCAGCGAUGCAGCUGCCCUCGGAGAUUUGUAAAGAGAAACACACUCACAAGAAACACACGCCAAGCUAUAGAAACAAAAAGGAAAGCGCGCCAAGAGCUGGCAUCAGAAGAAAACAAAUUUGUAUUUUUACGAACAAAAAGUAAUAACAACACACACUCACAAACACUCGAAAGAAGAUUUCAAAAAAUAUUUGUACACUGCGCUCGCAUGUUUACUUUGUAAAAAAAAAACAAAAACAAAAACAAGAAAGAAAUCAAAGAUAAAAUAUUUAAAAAAAGAGAAAAAACAAAGAGCGUGUUCCGAACGCGAAUAAAAGAAAAACACAAACGAUCGUAAAUGUAAAGAAAAGAAAAAAUGUCGAAAUGUCAGAGAAACAAUUUUGUCUGCGUACAUUUUCGUUGUAAUUUUGUAUAAAUUAAUGAUUAUAUAGCCAGUCUAUUUGUAAAUGAUUCGAGUUUCGACUGUAAAUUGAUAAGACGAAGACGACGGAAGAGCGAAGAACGGAGGAGAAUGUAGAAUCUAGAGGAGCGAUGGAGAGCGGGCGCCUAGAAUUUAUUUAAGUGCAUAGAGUUGCAGAGAGAGAGGAACCAUUUCAAAUAUAUAUAAAUCGAAGGAUAAAACAGCGCGAGCCACACUUAGUGUAGAUUGUAGAUUAAUUCUGUUUAUGGAGCCAGCAGCUGCUACCAAAAACAAAAGAGAAUACGAGAAACGGAAACGGAAACAAACACACGAGACACGCCCCCUCACACACUCUUCAUUCACUCUUGAAUACGAUGCAUACACUUCAGCCCCAUUCACGUUGCACUAUGUAAAAAUUUGUGUAUAAACCAUGUAAACCAUGUAAUAUUUUCAAAAUGUUCUUGUAAAAUUUAUACAUAUUGUAUUUUGUAAAUUUUGUUUGUUUUAAGUCGCAAGUAACUCAUACAAACACAUAUUCUAUAUCCUAUAUACCCCGCACGCAUGUAUUUAUAAUUUUUUUUAAGCAUAUUACCAUUGCCUGGCCGUGAGUGCCGGUAAAGAAGAACAUUUGUUAGUUAAGUAAGAUCCUUCAACAGAUUACCGAAACUAUGAUUUGAUUUUCCGAACUAUAAAUGAUUUUUACCCGAAACAAAACAAGAAAACAAAGAAACAAGAAGAGAGCAAAAAGAGACCUAAAA